GCGUGCCCGAACGAGCGGGGUAAAGCCUGGAUGGUGUUCGGAUGAGGUGUGGGCUAACCUCGUCCGUCACUGGUCUUCUGAUCCAAACUUCUUGGCAAGAAGUCAAUCCGGUAAGAAAAACCGGAUGUCCGAGAAAGCCUUAGAAACCCAAUGGCAUGGGGGCCGCAAACCUCAGAGUAGACAUAAAGAAGAUCUUUCGGGGCCUGAGAAGAAGAAGGUCUCAAUUCUCAAGGUCAUCAAGCACUGCUGGACAAAGCACGGCGAUGAGUCCGAUGCCGAUCUGCCACCCCGCCUCGCUGAAAUCGAAUCAAAGUAUAACACAAAUGUUGAGAAGAGGCGGGCAGAAUUAGGCUUGACUCAGGAGGAUGAGAUUGAUUCUGAUGUGGAGGAUGAUGCCAUCUUUGAGGCAGUUGGGGUGUACAAGGGCCGGGUCCCGUGCAUGGGGGCUGAGGGGCAACGGAUCUUGUACGACCGCAGCGGUGCUUCAUCUUCCCGAUCAAGGCGCGGAGAGGAUCCGCGUAUCGCUCAAAUGCAGCGGGAGAUGGAGGAGCAGCAGCGGGCCUUGGCUGAGCAGCAGCGCACCUUGGAGGAGCAACGCAAAAAAGAAGAAGAAACAAGGGCCCGGCUGGAAGAGAUGGAACGGAUCCUCAGCGCCGGAAUUCGGAAUCAGCCUCAGC